GCCACGCCAAGAGCUAGUUCGAGCUCUGAGCCUUCCCGCUCCCUGAAUCGCCAAGUCGUUCUCGAAGAAGAUGAGUACACUGAAGCGCUAUUUUUUCCCAUCUCUCGUGCAUCUCGAUGCUACCAAUGAAUAUCUCGAUGCACUCCGCAGUGAAGACCCAGAUCGGAUACAUGCAACCGUCCGUCGAUUGGAGGACCUGUCCACGCCUCGUCUAGCACGUUACCCAUACCAGACACCGGGCGAGACACCCUAUGCAGCGGGUCCCUCUGAGACACCGUUGCGCACCCCUCGCGACCGCGAUGAGCCUCCACUCAAGAAGCCGAAAUACGACACAACCAUGAGUCUGGACAGCUUCCAGGCACGCUACACGUCUGAGGACAACUCGAGUUUCACACAAAUUUUGGACGACGAGAAUCGGAAGCGGAGGGAGAAGUGGGCAUGGGCAUGGGAGGCGCAGAAGAGGGUAGAGCAGCAACGGGGCAAGAUGCUUGAGGGUAGGGAGAGGUUACUAAUUGAGGCGCCGGCAGGUACGGGGGUCAGGGAGAAGUUCGUCAUUGAGGCACCAAGGCCGGUCGGGUUGAUCACAGCUGGGUCCGACACAGAUAAGGGGAAGGCGAGGGAGAAGGAAGAAGGAGGCGUAGAAGAAGAUGGGGAGGGACCGCAGUUGAAGCAAGUUGCGGUGGUGAAAAAGGCUGAACAAGAGGAGGCUGUGGACGUGAUGGCACCAAAGAGAGAUACUCGACCGGCUGGUGUUGACGGUUGGGAAUUCAAGGCAAGGAAUGCUUUGAUGUUUCCCCCGGACGCAGACGAAUCGCCCUAUCACCCCAAGCCUCGACCGGUCACCACCGACGACAAGCCUCCACCACCUAAGAUUAUCAAGUACGGCAGCACGCGCCUGCCCGAACAAGAUGAUACACCUUCGCAGUCUAUCUCCGCGCCUCCCAGCCCGACGCGUAGUCGGAUAGAGGCCGCCAUUGCCGGAACACCGUACCGACCUAGGUCGCCUACAGGGAAUGUGGAUUCUCUGGUUCCAUCUAUACCCUCGCCGACUCCGUCGCAACUGGGGCCUGACGCAGUCAAACAGCUCAUGACAUGGGGAACGCUCAACGCAACUCCGCGUGUCCUCUCACAGUCCGACGACCCAGCGGAGGCUGUGGAGAUGCCUCCACCCAAUGCGUUCCAAAUUAAGCCGCCUUCUGCGCGAGAGCAGCUGUCGCAUAAACUCUCGAAUUCCGCAGCCAAGAGCCUGCGGGCGAAGGCGGAGCUACUAGGCGGUGUCCCUGGUCUGCGCACACCGUCCAGCGUCAGGAGUAAUCUCUCGGUAAGGAAGGGCUCGAUGCCGCCACCGUCAUGGACGCCCAGGAAAGCCGAAGGAGCACUUACACCGGCUGCGCGAAGACUUCUCGAUCGAACGACGAUGGGUACCGCGGCCUCACGGCGUGCGGACGCUAUGAACAGGGCGUCGGGCUGGGAGGGUAGCGGUUCAAAGGCCAGGGAGCAAGACUUGAAUCGCGUACGAUGGACACCGACACCGAGUCCAGUCAGUAGGAGAGGAGGGUGAACUAGCGCAGUGUGCACAUGGGCAUCCUUGUCAUGGACACAAUAUAGUACAAGUGAAAAGGAGAACUCGCUAUGACCCAGGUUCUGAAAUUCGUCGUCGUUUCGCUUGAGGUAGAUUGCUAUCGUCGCCACCUGGACUUCGCUCUCCCCUAGUCUGACUCCUGGCGGCUGUCUCUGACUUCUCGUCCUUGUCGGUUUGAGACUGCAUGAUAGAAGCUGAAGGCGCCGACGGCUUCGUUGGUUUCUUCUUGACAAGCACUCCUUUGAGAGAUUUCUUAGUGUCCUUCUUGACAGCUGGCGCAGCCGGCUUGGUUUUAGGCGGUGGUGGGGCAACGUCGGUUAUGACAGGCGGAGGUUUUGCAGCAUUCUCGCGUGCAGCAACCGCCUCUCGGAAGUUUUUCAGCUCCUCCCCUUCCAACUCCUUGCGCAGCCGCUCCUCUUCAUGUUGCUUUUCGAGAAUAGAAUCCAGGAAGAGCACCUCAUCUUCCUCGAGGGCACGGAACUGAUUGCCUAGCUUGUUGCGCUCCUCCCACUCCUCUUGUUUGGCUGCUCUGUUAGCGGCAAGUUUUUCAGCCAGACUUCGGCCAUCGAAGACAUCUUCUGUGGGUUCGGGAGGGGGCUCCUGACCCAGUCUGGCAUAGGCAGCUUUCCACUGCUCCUGACGUCUCGCCUUUGCCGUGUCCAAAUCCGACUGAGACACGAAGCGCGAGCCGACGCC